UCAAGCCUCAAGGUAAAUAGGUAUCCUAUCCAAGUGCCUCGGAUACCCGUUCAACCGUAACUCGGAAGGUACCGUAUAUCUAAUAUAGAUGCCAUAUACGGUCUUGAGUCCCUUGAUCUCUUAAAAAUUGUGGUCAAGUUGCGUAGGGUCGGAACCGAGUCCCUGGUCUAUGGCCCCGCCAACAUUGUCUGACUUGGUCUUCUCGGAGCAAGCCAACCACAACUUCUCUAGGAUUCUGGGCGACCUGAAGCGGGCAAACCUGUCCAUACCCAACCGGCUCCGAUCCAUCCAGCAAGAUGCACGGUUCGUCGAGCAGGUUGCCUCCACCUACGGGCUCCCACUCGUAGCCAACGAGCGCUGCGGCAGCUGGUAUAUCGACCCGAGCCUCAAGGCCGCGUCGGCCUACUUCAAGAGCACGGAUGGCCACACGGGCCAGUGGAAAUUCAGCACGCGACGGCUCAAUCUACACCUGCUCGAUCUAAUUGGCCGCCAUGACGGGUGUAUCAUUGUGGACUCGACAAGGCGCGGGAAAAGUAUGCCGGACGCGCUUAGCAAGACCGUCCCCAUCUGGUGCUGCGUGUUGAACAGGGCCCUGUUCCCCGACAACCCAGACAGCCACGGCCUCCACAUCCCUCCCAACGUAGUCUCCGACUCGGAGAAGAGCCAGAUCGAGGCCAGGAUCCCAGACUUCGUAGCGUCCUUCAAGCUCCUCGACCUCGACCUGCACUCCUUCCGGGCGAAGCUCACAAAGCCCCUCAGACCAGCCUGGACAGUCCAGGACGCCGCCUACUACUCCGUCCCAGACCUCGAAUCCCCCUCCUCCCACCACCCCAUCGUCUGCUGCACCAGCUCCCGCCGCGUCGCCGGCGCGGAGCUGAGCGAGGCCGGCUACGUCCAGGGCGCCGGCGACGACACCGAGAACUGGGCCCUCGGCCUCACGGCCCCUCUCUUCUGGGCCCACGCCGACGACCUCCUGUCCGCGUCCGAGGCAGACCUCCCGGGGCUCAUCGCCCUCCUUGUCGCGGGCGCGGGCGCGGACACGCAGGGUGGUGGUGGUGGUGGGGCGCUCCGCCUUACGCCGCACAUCUCCGUGUGUCCGCUGCCGAUCGGUGGUGAGGAUAAGCACGCGAACGCGUGUCUCGUCAGCAUCGUGCCGGCGGCGGCCACGGAGGAUUCGGAGUGGGAGAAGUCCAGGUCCGAGCUGGAGGUCGGCAUCGGCAGGGGGAAGCUCGCGAGCCGCGGCCUGCGCCGGGCCCUGCCGGUCAUCUGCGACUUUGUGUCGCGGUUCCUGCAGGCCGAGCCCGGCGGCGUCGUCCUGGUCGGGUGCGAAUCCGGCAGGGACCUGUCGGUGGGGGUGGCGCUGGCGCUGGACUGCCGGUGCUUCGGCGACGACGGGGAGGUCAGGCGCGGGGGCGAGGACGCCCCGGGCUUCACCAAGGACGGCAUCCGGGUAAGGCUCGGGCGCAUCAUGACGGCGAUGCCCGAGGCGAACCCUAGCAGGGCUACGUUGCAAAGUGUCAACAGUUUUCUGAUGGAUUGGCGGAAAUGACAGGGUUUCUUUCAUGCGCUAAAGUCCGGCAUCACCGAUGCCCUCCCGAUCCCCCUCUUCCUGACGGCCUGUUCGAAAACAGCAGAAAGAUUUCUUGCCCCGGAUCUCACGGCUGGCUAGCGGGUUUACGAGCUCCCGUUCUCAAUCUUCUCGA